GGUAGACGUAGGUAUGUAAGACUUUACGGUAGCACGCUGCACCCGUGAACUUGAAGUUGAAGUUGCGGGGCAAGGAGCAUUGUCCAGGAUUGUGUUAUAAAGCACUGUGCGGGGGCCGCCAGCCAGGUCUUCUGUGGAGCUCUUAUCUUACAACUUGGUCCGUUGAGCGGUUGGAGGAGUUCUUGAGCUGGAGACUUGGAGGGCAGCUGCCAGCUCUUCCGUCAGCUCCCAUUAUCCAGAUCCGGAGCCCAAUCUCGCCACAAAUGGCGCGGGUUUGCUAGGUUGCCUAGUCCUGUCUAUUUUCACCCGAGAUCACAACAGUAAGAUUUGAGGUUGGGAGAAUCUUGUGCAGGGUUUGCCGUGUGCUCAGGCUUGAGCUGAAGAGUCCAAAGCAGCAAGCUAGGGGUUGGAACCGAGGGUCUUAGACUUGCAUUGUCUCCAAGUCAUUUUCUAUGAGCACUGUAGAUUCGUUAUCUUGUGUGGAAAACCACAUUCAAUAGCAGACGGGAGUUCAAGCAGAGAGAAACGUCACUUUUCGGUCUGCGCUGUGUAGAACAUAAUCACAUUGCGGAGCCGGCAAGGGCUGCAGGCGAUACAUUGCAUCGCAUCGCAGUUGCCUGGAUGUGAGACGUGGGCGAACCUUGACUGGUAAAAGACCGCUACGUGCGACAGGUUGUGUUCAUUGGAAGUUGCAAAAUGAGCGGUCAGUCAAGGUUCAUCAAGUGCGUGACGGUGGGUGAUGGAGCAGUGGGGAAAACGUGCAUGCUCAUCUCGUAUACGAGCAAUUCUUUUCCAACAGACUAUGUGCCGACAGUGUUUGACAAUUUCAGUGCCAAUGUUGUGGUUGAUGGCAACACUGUCAACCUGGGGCUGUGGGAUACAGCAGGCCAGGAGGACUACAACAGAUUGCGGCCCCUGAGCUACAGAGGCGCAGAUGUGUUUCUGCUCGCCUUCUCUCUCAUAAGCAAGGCCAGCUAUGAGAACAUCGCAAAGAAGUGGAUCCCUGAACUCAAGCACUACGCACAGAAUGUGCCAAUCAUCCUCGUCGGUACCAAGUUGGAUCUGCGCGACGACCGCCAAUUUUUCGAAGAUCAUCCCGGAGCAACUCCAAUCACAACGGCGAUGGGAGAGGAGCUUAGCAGGACGAUAGGAGCAGCGGCGUACUUGGAAUGCAGCUCGAAAACACAGCAGAACAUCAAAGCAGUUUUUGAUACCGCCAUCAAAGUGGUUCUAUCACCUCCAAAGGCCAAGAAGCAAGAGGAAGCGGGUGGCGGUUGCUGUGUCAUUCUGUAGGCGGUCUCUUUCAGUUGCUCGCUCAAGGGUUGGUGGCUCCCAGCACGUUUGCAUCGUUGUGACUUCGCCGUGGGGGGUGUGACAAAAAGUGCUGCUCAAAUAAAGUCGGGUUUUCUUUCUCCGGAUGACUCAAAUCGAGGACGAUGUUUAUGCUCUAUUUGCCCUAGUAGGAACAGAUAGGCCACGUCUACUUGUCACUGUGUACUGCCUUGCAAGCUUUGUUUUUAUAAUAUAUAAUGGAUAGGCCGUUCCAGCGACCCUGCCAGACUGGCUAAGAGAAGUUCGUACCCUUGUUGAUUCUGGGGGUCGUGUAACCUCGACGCUGCAAGUCUCGAGGCCGAUUACAGGGGCAUCGUGCCAUGGUGCUGUGUCCAAGUACAGCUGCCAAAAGUUUCCCUGUCUGGUGCACAACUCAAGAAGCAGCUUAGCGCUACGUGUGAGCUAUCACAGAUUAUGGUUUCGACCUGGUGUGGUUUUUCCAAUGUCCCAAAGCAACCUGCAGCUAGCUCAGCUAUAGCUACAAGUAUGGCAAGGACACCUCAUCCAUGUACUAAAUGCUGAAUGUACGUAUUUCCUAG